UAUGCGGUUUCAUAUACAUCCGCUCUUUACGAGACACAGAAAAAGAGUGAGAGAAAGAAAGAGAGAGUGAGAGAGAAAGAGAGGCGGAACCCCAGUACCGAAGCACACCUUCCUGCUAAGUGAAGAGCUCCAGCUCAAAGAAAGAGGAGGAGAGAGCAGGAGGAGGAGGAGGAGGACGGUUUGAAAGCGAACGGCUCGCAGAAGGGGCAGGUGGAAGUCAACAUCGACCCACCUCCGCUUGGCGGUCUCGAACGGACCUCGGUAGAAAACCGGCUUAAUUCAUAUUAGAAUAAUAAUAACAAUAUUAAUCAUAUAUUUUUAAAGCACACCACAACAAAAGAGAGAGAGAGAGAGAGAGAGAGAGAAAGAAAGAAACAGAAAACUACAUGCAUUUCGGCUGUCUGUAGGAAGUCAUCCCUCUUCCAAGCCAAGAAGAAACAUGGAAAACGCUCACACUAAAUCCGCGACCGAAGUUUUAAGCCAGUUCGAGGUGAACGAGAACACCGGACUGACACCGGAACAAGUCCGGACCAACCUGGAGAGAUACGGACCGAACGAACUCCCUGCGGAGGAAGGGAAGUCUCUCUGGGAGCUGGUGGUGGAGCAGUUCGAGGACCUCCUGGUCAGAAUUCUGCUGCUCGCUGCCUGUGUGUCAUUCGUGCUGGCACUGUUCGAGGAUGGCGAGGAGUCCACUACAGCCUUUGUGGAGCCUAUAGUCAUCCUGCUCAUCCUGGUUGCCAAUGCAGUCAUUGGAGUUUGGCAGGAACGUAAUGCGGAGAAUGCAAUCGAAGCUCUAAAAGAGUACGAGCCAGAAAUGGGCAAAGUGUACCGCAUGAACCGCAAGGCCGUGCAGAGAAUCAAGGCUCGGGAAAUUGUGCCAGGGGACAUCGUGGAGGUGGCAGUUGGAGACAAGGUGCCUGCUGAUAUCCGAAUCGUCUCUAUAAAAUCCACAACUCUCCGAGUUGACCAGUCCAUCCUUACCGGUGAGUCGGUAUCUGUCAUCAAACAUACUGACCCAGUGCCUGAUCCACGAGCAGUCAAUCAAGAUAAGAAGAACAUGUUAUUUUCUGGCACCAACAUUGCUGCGGGCCGAGCCAUCGGCGUCGUGGUCUGCACCGGCGUCUCCACUGAGAUCGGCAAGAUCCGUAACCAGAUGGUGAGCACGGAGCAAGAGAGGACGCCGCUGCAGCAGAAACUGGACGAGUUUGGCCAGCAGCUCUCCAAAGUCAUCUCUCUCAUCUGCAUCGCAGUUUGGCUCAUCAACAUCGGCCACUUCAGCGACCCCGUGCACGGAGGCUCCUGGUUCCGCGGCGCCAUCUACUACUUCAAGAUCGCCGUGGCCCUGGCCGUGGCCGCCAUCCCUGAGGGUCUUCCCGCCGUCAUCACCACCUGCCUGGCCCUGGGGACACGCCGCAUGGCCAAGAAGAACGCCAUAGUGCGCUCGCUGCCUUCUGUCGAGACCCUGGGGUGCACCUCAGUCAUUUGCUCUGACAAAACAGGAACCCUUACGACCAAUCAGAUGUCCGUGUGUAGGAUGUUUGUGUUGGAUAAAGCAGACAGUUCCAGAUGUUCUCUCCAUGAAUUCAGCAUCACAGGAUCGACCUAUGCUCCAGACGGACAAGUGCUGAAAGGUGAUAAACCUGUAAAGUGCGGCGAUUAUGAUGGCCUCAUUGAACUGGCCACAAUCUGCUCCAUGUGUAAUGACUCCUCUCUGGACUACAAUGAGAGCAAAGGAGUCUAUGAGAAGGUGGGAGAGGCAACAGAAACUGCGCUCACCACCCUGGUCGAAAAGAUGAACGUCUUCAAGACCGACUUGUCCAGUGUCAGCAAAGUGGAAAGGGCUGGAAUCUGUAAUGGGGUAAUCAGGAAGCUGAUGAAGAAGGAGUUCACUCUGGAGUUCUCCCGGGACAGGAAGUCCAUGUCCGUGUACUGCACGCCCCUCAAGGUCGGCUCCCAGAGCAAGAUGUUUGUUAAGGGAGCCCCGGAGAGUGUGAUUGAGCGGUGUAGUCAUGUACGAGUGGGCACCGGAAAGGUGGAGCUGAGCAUGGCUGUGAAGGAAGAGCUGUUAGGGACUAUCAGAGAGUGGGGCACGGGCAAGGACACUCUGCGCUGUCUGGCACUGGCCACACGGGACACACCCCUUCGGAAGGAGCAGAUGGACCUGGAGAACUCUGCCAGGUUCUCAGAGUAUGAGUCAGACCUAACCUUCGUCGGGUGCGUGGGCAUGUUGGACCCACCAAGGAAAGAGGUGAUCGGCUCAGUGAAGCUGUGCGGUGUGGCCGGCAUCCGUGUCAUUAUGAUCACAGGAGACAACAAGGGCACUGCCGUGGCCAUCUGCAGACGCAUCGGAAUCUUCUCUGAGGAUGAGGACGUGGAGGGCAAGGCAUACACGGGUCGCGAGUUCGACGACCUCUCCCCCGAGUCGCAGCGAGAGGCGGUGAAACGUGCACGCUGCUUCGCUCGUGUCGAACCCGCACACAAAUCCAAGAUCGUGGCUUAUCUGCAGUCCUUUGAUGAGAUCACAGCCAUGACCGGUGAUGGAGUGAACGACGCCCCUGCUCUGAAGAAGGCCGAAAUUGGCAUCGCCAUGGGCUCGGGCACGGCUGUGGCCAAGUCCGCCUCUGAAAUGGUGCUGUCCGAUGACAACUUCUCCACCAUUGUCGCCGCCGUGGAGGAGGGCCGAGCCAUCUACAACAACAUGAAACAGUUCAUCCGCUACCUCAUCUCCUCAAACGUGGGAGAGGUCGUCUGCAUCUUCCUGACCGCCAUUCUGGGUCUUCCGGAGGCCCUGAUCCCUGUGCAGCUGCUUUGGGUAAAUCUGGUAACAGACGGUCUACCUGCCACUGCGCUGGGCUUUAACCCUCCUGACCUGGACAUCAUGGUGAAGCCUCCUCGCAACCCCAAAGAACCUCUAAUCUCCGGCUGGCUCUUUUUCAGAUACCUCGCCAUCGGAGGAUAUGUGGGACUGGGAACAGUUGGUGCUGCCACCUGGUGGUACCUGUAUGAUGAACAGGGUCCACAGGUGUCUUUUCAGCAGCUGCGCCACUUCAUGCAGUGCACUGAGGAUAAUCCUAUGUUUGAGGGUAUCGACUGUGAAGUGUUUGAAUCCCGCUAUCCCACCACCAUGGCCCUCUCUGUGCUCGUCACCAUAGAGAUGUUUAACGCACUGAACAGUCUCUCAGAAAACCAGUCUCUUAUAAGGAUGCCGCCAUGGGUUAAUAUCUGGCUUUUGGGAGCCAUCCUGCUCUCCCUGUCUCUCCAUUUCCUCAUAUUGUAUGUGGAGCCGCUACCACUGAUAUUUCAGGUCACACCUCUCUGCUGCUCCCAGUGGUUCGUCGUCAUCAAGAUCUCCUUCCCUGUCAUCCUCUUGGACGAGGCGCUCAAGUACCUAUCCCGGCACCAUUUAGAAGGUGAAGAGGAGGCGAGGUACAGGAAGAGUCGGCAGCUGAAGUUCUAGGACGGCUCCUCCUCCUCUAGCACAAACACUCAGACAUACGCACAUACACUCAGUCAGUUUUCUCCCCAUUUCCCUUUUUAGGAGACAUCAGGCAGCACUCACACACACUCCUCUUUCCCCCGCUUUAUCCAACCUGCAGGCCCAGUCACCACUAGAAACUAUCCCAGCUGAAUCUGAGUGCGAGUGUGUAUGAGUGAGAGAGUGAGUGAGAGAGUGAGUGUGUGUGUAUGUGUGUGUGCUUUUUGUCAUGUAAUAGCACAAGCAUGGCCUCCAUAUACCACAAUGUUGCGUGAACAUUUAUUAAGAACCGGCUUCUUGGCUUCCAUGCAGUAGAUUUUAGUGCAAUAACUGGAGCUAGAACUGAGAGCGUAAAGGAUUUCGGAUCACGUUCAACGGAGAGUCCGUUCCGUCUGGAAGAGGUGCUAGAAGAAAAGCGACAUCUGGAGAGCUCCAUGUGUCCGUUUGUGUGAGCCGUGUGUGUAUGUGAGUGUGUGCGCGUGCAGGGACAGGUACAAGGCCAGUUUAAUUGACAAGUCUCACACCAUGCAUGUUGUUUGUUUUAAGGCGCAUUUCCACCGAGGUCAAAAUAUUUUUUUAUAUUGAUUGCCUCUGAGAUGAUUGACAGCUGCACUGUCCUUAUUUUAUUUGAUAUUUGACAUUAUUUCAUGUAGCUUUCAAAGUAUCAUAAUCGCACAUUCUCAUUCUGUGAAGAUUGUAUUUGACCAGUGAGCAGCGUUCUGCAUGGCAAACCCCCCCUCCACUUAAGGUCAAGAAAAAGUUAAAAAGUUUCAUGGAUCUGAUGGAAACAAAUCUGCCUUCCAGGAACAGUAUCAGUUCCUGGAACUCUGAAAGCAUCCAUAUCUUAGCAUUUGAUAAAGUUCCUUCGGUGGAAAUCCGCCUUAUAUAACUCAAUAGCCUCAAAACCGUUCUGAAACUUUUUUUGUUUAGAGACUCCAGAGAAUCCGUUGGCCCGCGUUGUUGCUGUUUACACACACCCGCUUGUUUACUUCCCCUGAAAUGUCCCGAUCGACGUAUCGUAUCGUCUCGUCUGCAUUUUAAUGAGAAACCUGCCGAGGACUUGUUUGGCUGAUUCGCACAGCUCUUUAAGUCAUCUGCCUCUGAAGCAAGCAAGCUUUUCAACAGACUCCUUCUCUCGUUUCACAUUUUCUAUGAAUUUCACAGGAACACUAGUCACCAGGAGCUGCUAGCAAACCCUUUUCCAAACAAUAAAAAAAUGAUUGUUUACUCCUGUUAGCAAGCGAGCGAAAGUGGACGAAGAGCUUUAAAGUGAUUUCAGAAAAUAGUGUGUGUGAAAUGUAAUCUGCAGGAAGCCUUGGCAUGUAUAAACAUACCUGAAGUCUUUUUAUGCUAGGAUGAGGAUACACACACACACACACACACACACAGGAGGAGAGAGUGCCUCUUUGCUAUUAAUAUACAGUACACACACACACACACACACACAGAAAGAAACACAUUUAGAUAUUACAGAGCAAGGUCUUAUGAAUGUAUGUUCACUUCCUUACGAAUGCGAAACUGCUUUAUUUGUUUUUGGGUUUUUUUGUUUAAGAAAAUGCUUUUCUUCUACUCUUGUUCUUUUCGUUCCCAUUUUAACCUCAAGUUUUUUUCAGACAAUUCAUUCCAUCGUCUAAAAACCUCUGGAGUUUUAUUGUUAACAGACUCGCCACCUCUUCCAAUGCGACUCCUAACUAGAUAUGUUUUUUUUUUUUUUUUUAUUAACAAAUAAUAAUAUUAAUACCUAUGGCUUUGACUGAAAGAACCCAGGUGGUUUAUUUUUGCCGUUGCAAGGUGUAAUGCUCUCACUAUCUGUUGAUUAUAGGCCAGUGUGCGUAUGUUUGUAUGUGUUUGUGUGUGUGUGUGUGUGUGUGUUUGCAAGUGCAGGGAUUUAGCAGAGCAGCUACUUCCAUUGCCUAUGUGCCACUAUGUUGACCUUGAUAAUCUAGAUAUUGGGAGAUGUAAUGUAAUAUCUGUCCAAGUCUUAAUGCACUUCUCAUCGUGACAGAUGUGCUUAUGUGAAACGUAUAGCCUACAGUGUGUCGGCGGCCAUUUUAUAAAUAAAAUAAAUAAAUAAAUGCAGUCUUUUUAGCUCUAUGUACAAUACAUGGACGAUCACACCGUUUGGAGCUGCCGCGGCAGAACUUUAAUAGAAACAUCGGGCGUCGUCUACAGAGAGGUCGGUUUGUGUUUUACACCCGAUCGAUUCGGAAUUAACGGACUGUAGACGUCGAAGCCCAACAUACUGAUGUGACGACAAUAAGGCCUUGUCCCCUCACUGUGGCCACACAAACCACUGGCAGUCCAAGCAACAGAAACUGUGGGCUUGUACAGCCUCGCUAAUUACUACUGAUCUCUUAACAAUUUGUACAGGAGAAGAUUAAAAAAAAAGAUUGCAUGGAACCUUGUUACUGUAAUUAAUAACCUAUACAGUAUGUAAUAUUUAAGGUUUUUUUUUUGUUUUGUUUAGUUUUUUUUCAAAAAAGAAAAAAAAAUACUUAACCUAUUUACCAGCAGAAUAAAGAAAGGAAUAAUUUUUUUUUCCAAGGACAUGGCAUCAGGGGAUCUGUUUUGUUAGUUUAUGCUUAUUAAUUCUUUGCUUUUAAAGGUUGAUGGAGAGCUUUUAUUUACUUAAUUUGUGCUUGAAAUGUUGUAAAAUAAAGCUAAGAAUCAUGAUAGUAAUAUUUGAGGAUUUUUUUUGUUUAUUUGUUUGCUGAGAAUAGUUCCCCCUCCCCCCAGAUCUGUUCAGCCCCUGUUCACUUCACCUCUGAAAAACAGACAAAAAACUGAUUUGUAUUUGAACUAAAAUGUCUAAUUUAAAAUCUAAUGUAAGAUCAAGCAACGCACCUUGAUGCAGGAUUACUAUAAAGAACCACUCGAGUAAAGAUGUAUACACAGGGAGGCAUGAGCAGGGGCUGAUUUGAGUUUAGAUUCCAGUUUACACAAGCCAAUGUUGAAUGCUGGGUAAUGAAGUUUUUAACGUGUGUACAUUCUGAAGGUCUUGGGUGUGGUGGGUACAGCGGCUCCAGAGGCCCAGGAGUGUCAUCGUGCAUCUGUGCACGUGUUUGUCAGAGCGACACAACAGCAUCUAAUUUAUUAAUAUUUUAUUCGUCAGUCGACGUUGACUAAUUAUGAAUUCGGCGGAUUUCCUGCUGUUAAUAGUGACAGUUCUCAGCUUUUUAAAAAUGAUAAUGAUGAUGAUGAUUAUUAUUAUUAUUAUUAUUAUUAUUAUUAUUAUUAUUAUUUCCUGCUGUAGUAAAGACAUAAAGACAUCAUAUAGGCCAGAUGUCUAUUUACGUGUUAACUGAUCAGUUGUCAAGCUUUAACAUUUCAACCCUGAUUUAUGUGUGUAGAUUUUAUUCAGCAGCAUCUGGAGCCUUGUACCCACUACUGAGCACAGAAUUUCUGCAUUGCAUUGGUUAUAUUGAUUGUGCAUACAUAAUUUUAUAUAUAUAUAUAUGAAAAAAGCAACAACAUGGAAAUAAUAAAGAUUAUUUAUCUUGUUAUUUAUUUGAGAUGUCUGUUUUGUGAUGUUGAAUUUUUUUACUGAUUAUUAUUAUUAUUGAUAAUAAAAGUUUUAAAGAUGUUA